AUGGUUUUUGGAAGUCCAUUUAGUGACACUUACCCAUCGUUUAUUUGGAAAUCACUAAAAAAGAGUAGAAAAGAUAAAGAUAUGUUUAAUCCUUUUUUUCAAGCUUUAAAUAAAACCAAAAUAUAUGAUCACAUAUUAAAAUAUAAUACUCGCUAUUGGCUGUUUGUUGUUACUGGUGGAUGUGUUACAUCAUAUUUUUGGGGUGUUUGGUUUAAUAACAAAUGGAAACAAAUAAAUAAAGGAAAAUUAUAUAUUGAUUGCCCAUAUACAUAUCCGGAAGAUGAUUAA